GAACAUCACGAACGUGUCUUCCUCAUCCUCUCCACACCCCAUAUCAGACACCCGAGAGAGUCAAUAUGUCGGCCAAGCCCACGACCAAGCAGUUCGGGAAGUCGACCCGGGAGGUUCCCGCCUCCGCGGACCAGGCGAAGAAGUGGUACCCUGCCGACGACGAGAGCGAGCCGAAGAAGGUUCGCAAGGCCGUCCGAUCUUGGGCCCCCCGAAAGACCCUCCAGCCUGGUACCGUCCUGAUCCUCCUCGCUGGCCGCUUCCGCGGUAAGCGUGUCGUCCUUCUCAAGACUCUCGACCAGGGUGUUCUCCUCGUCACUGGUCCCUUCAAGAUCAACGGCGUUCCCCUGCGAAGAGUCAACGCCCGAUACGUCAUCGCCACCUCCUACAAGGUCGACAUCUCCGGCCUCGACGCCGCCAAGAUCGAGGAGAUCUCUCAGCCCAAGUACUUCACCGCCGAGAAGGCCAAGGAGAAGGCUUCCGCUGAGGCUUUCUUCAAGCAGGGAGAGAAGCCCCAGAAGAAGGAGAUCAACAGCAGCCGUGCUGCCGACCAGAAGGCCGUCGACAAGGCUCUGCUUGCUAGCAUCAAGAAGGUGGAUCUGUUGGCCAGCUACCUCGCCAGCACCUUCAGCCUGCGGAAGGGUGACAAGCCCCACGAGAUGGCGUGGUAAAUUUGAUUAAAACACAAGAUCUCUGGCGGCUUGAAAGCGUGGGGUGGAGUUCACUGGGGUGUUGGUCAAGAUGCGGGUUGUAGAACGGAAAGGGUCUCCGAAAUGGGCUGGUUUGGCCAAUUGCAUUUGGAAGUCGACGGCAUCGGUCACAUCUUGGCGUCUGUAAUCAGGUUUUUACAGUCAAAAAAACAAAACGAGCAUAAAUGAUUUUCUUCCACCAGGCUUCUGGUAAAAACAAAAUACGUCUGUGAACGACACAAAUCUUCCAACUUGCCACAUCCAUGUCCACUUCCAGAGCAAAAAUGACGGCAGGGAAAGGCCAAUAAACAAGCAAGACCACGCUAUUCGAGGGAUUGUGAAAUAGAGUCCACCGAUAUAAAGAGCUACAAACAGGCUAAAGUGUUAAUAUUAUUUCGUACUGUUG